AUGAAGCUUCAAUACCUCGCAACCCUUCUACCACAACAGGAGGGUUCCAAUAAGAUUUGCUCACUGGCAUGCACUCCAAAUGGGGUCAAAUUGGCUGUGGUCGGGAAUGAUCGUCUUAUCACGUUGAUCGAUGAAAAAGGCGAUGUAAGGGAUCGAUUCAGUUCAAAAUCGCUGGAUAGUAAGUAUGGCAAGAAAUCCUACGUAAUCAAAUCGGUCUGCUUUUCACCGGAUUCCACACGACUUGCUGUCGCCCAAACCGACAAUGUUGUUUAUGUUUACAAAGUUGGCGAGUCCUGGACUGAAAAGAAGGUGAUCGUGAACAAAUUACCGCAAAGUGCUGCCACCACCGUCGUUCAAUGGCCUUUCGAUGAUAAAUUGCUGAUCGGACUUCGAGAUGGAAAAUUGCGAGUCGGAAUACUUAGCAGUAACAAGUGCACCUCGUUGUACAAGACGGACGAGCCGGUUGUCAGUCUGAGUACAAAGUGA